AUGCUUACUAAUUGUCUUUCCUUCAUUUCUUCUCUAUAUACGUCACAUGCUCAUUCCUGUUUUUAUUUCUUCUUCUUUUCUCUCUUUCUAUGUGAACGUCUUACAAUUCCCUUAUUCUUUCUUGCAUUCUUUCACUCUAUCUUUUCACCACAAUGUGAGUUCCAGUUUUUUUCUUUCUUUUUGCUUGCUUACUUUGUUCUUUCCUUUUUUUUUCUUCUUUCUUUCCUCUUUUCCUUUUUCUUUUUUCUUUUCUUCUUUCUUUUCUUCCACACUUUUUUUUCUUCUUUCUUCCUCUUUUUUUCUUCUUUCUUCCUCUUUUUCUUCUUUCUUCACUCUUUUUUCUUCUUUCUUCCCUUUUCCUUUUUCUUCUUUCUUCUUUUUUUUUUUCCUCUUUUUCCUUUUUCUUCUUUCUUUCUUUUUUUCUUCUUUCUUCCUCUUUUUCUUUUUCUUCUUUUUUUUUCUUCUUUCUUCCUCUUUUUCUUUUUCUUCUUUUCCUUUUUCUUCUUUCUUCCACUUUUUUCUUCUUUCUUCCUCUUUUUCCUUUUUUUCUUUCUUCCCUUUUUUUCUUUCUUUCUUCUUUUUUCUUCUUUCUUUCUUUUUUCUUCUUUCUUUCCUCUUUUCCUUUUUUCUUCUUUCUUCCUCUUUUCUUCUUUCUUCCACUCUUUUCCUUUUUUCCCUCUUUUUUUUCUUCUUUCUUCCUCUUUUUCUUCUUUCUUCCCUCUUUUCUUCUUUCUUCCUCUCUUUUUCCUUCUUUCUUUUUCUUCCUCUUUUUUCUUUUUCUUCCUCUUUUUUCUUUUUCUUCUUUUCUUCCACACUUUUUUCUUCUUUCUUCCCUUUUUUCUUCUUUCUUCCUUUUUCCUUUUUCUUCUUUCUUCCACUUUUCUUCUUUCUUCCUCUUUUCCUUUUUUCUUUUCUUCCUCUUUUUCUUCUUUUCUUCUCUUUUUUCUUUCUUUCUUUUUCCUUCUUUCUUCUUUCUUCCUCUUUUUUCUUCUUUCUUCCUCUUUUUCUUCUUUCUUUCCUCUUUCUUCUUUCUUCCACUUUUUUUUUCCUUCUUUCUUCUUUUUCCUCUCUUUUUCUUCUUUCUUCUCUUUUUCUUUUUUCUUCUUUCUUCUUUUUUUUCUUUCUUCCACACUUUUUUUUUUUCUUCUUUUUUUUUUCUUCUUUUCUUUCUUUCUUCCUCUUUUCCUUUUUCUUUCAUUUCCUCUUUUUCUUCUUUCUUCCUCUCUUUUCUUCUUUCUUCCUCUUUUUCCUUCUUUCUUCUUUCUUCCUCUUUUUCUUCUUUCUUCCCUCUUUUUCCUUUUUUCUUCUCCUUUUUUCUUCUUUCUUCCACACUUUUUCUUCUUUCUUCCACUUUUUCUUCUUUCUUCCUCUUUUUUUUCUUUCUUCCUCUUUUCCUUUUUCUUCUUUCUUCCACUUUUUUUUCUUUCUUCCCUCUUUUUCUUCUUUCUUCCUUUUUUUCUUCUUUCUUCUUUCUUUCUUUUUCUUCUUUUUCCACUUUUUCCUUUUUUCUUCUUUCUUCCACUUUUUUUCUUUCUUCCUCUUUUUCCUUUUUCUUCUUUCUUCCUCUUUUUUCUUUCUUCCUCUUUUUUCUUCUUUCUUCCACUCUUUUUUCUUCUUUCUUCCACUCUUUUUUCUUCUUUCUUCCUUUUUUUCCUUCUUUCUUCUUUCUUCCACACUUUUUUCUUCUUUCUUCCACUCUUUUUCCUUUUUUCUUCUUUCUUCCACUCUUUUUUCUUCUUUCUUCCACUCUUUUUUCUUCUUUCUUCCACUCUUUUUUCUUCUUUCUUCCUCUUUUUCCUUUUCUUCUUUCUUCCACUCUUUUUUUCCUUUUCUUUAUUUUAUUUUCUUUCUUUCUGCCUCUCAUCUUUUUUCUUUUUCAUUACUUCCAUUAAAUUCUUCUUCUUUUUAUAUUUCCUUCUAAUUUUCAUUGCUUCUUGCCCUCCAUUCAUUUAUCCUUCCUUUCUUUCUUUCUUUCUUUCUUUUCUGCAUUUCUCUAAUUUUGCUUUGAUUUUCUUUUUGCCAUAUUCUUGUUUUUAUUUCCCCUAUUCAGGUCUUUCUUUCUUUCUGCCUCUUCACCUUCUCGUUUCCUUUACUUCUUUUAUUUUCUUACCUCUUCAUCGACUUUUUCUUCUUUUUUCUGUCUUUCUCUUCCCCGUAUUAUUUCUCUCCUCUUCCUUUUACUCACGCUUCUUACCAUCUCUCUAA